AGAACUAAGAACAUCAACUUGAAAUUCAAAAUGUGCUGUUUAGAAACAUUUUUAAACAAUCAAACGAAUUUUACGAACAAUUGUUUUGUGAUCAUGGAUUAUGGAAGCAAAAUAAUAUUUUUGGAUCAGUAUCAGUAUCAGUGUUCAACUUCAAAAUCAAUUCAGUGUUUUAAUUAGUGUGAGCUCCCAAGUUAAUUAUUACCAAAGAGCUAAAUCUGAGAGCUAAUAAGUGAAGUGCGGCAAAGUGUUUAAGUGUUUUUUUAAAUUUUAUUUUGAGCUAAAGUGAUCAAAAUCCAACGUUUCAACGAUUUUUUAGUACCUUAACAAAUUUUAUUGCCAGGAACAAUUUUAAAAAUCGACCAUCAUGCAAGUAGCAACACUAUUUCGUGAAACCGCUAAUUUAUUAGGGGCAAGCAUGGAAUCAGCGAGCUCAAAUGGUGCUUCAACUGGUUCAUGUAGUCCACCAAAUGGCCUAAACUCUCAUCGGGAUUCGGUCUAUACACGUCCAACACAUUUGGAUCGAUAUAAACCAAUGUCAAAUGAAAAUCAAGAUGAUGGCUACGAAACAAGUGCAGAUCUUGUGUUAGGUGGUGGAAUGGGUCCACACUCAACAAAUUUGGAUCAUUUAGAAGAUCCCUACAGUUUUGUGGACGAUUCAGAGCAUGCACAUGCACAUGCACAUGCAAAUGCACAUGCACAUGCACAUGGACAUGGACACGGACAUCCACAUGCACAUGCGCAUGCAGAACAAAAUCGUAAUAACAUGUUACAAAUGUCACAACAAAUGCAACAUAAUUACAUGUCACCACCGAAUAACAUGCUUAUGGAUCCCAACAGCAUGAUUCCGGCGCCCAGAAAACGUGGCCGCAAGAAGAAAAUUAAAUUAGACGCUGAUGGAAAUAUAACAACAAUUAUGAAAAUAAAAGAACCGGGCAAAGAACGCAAGAAACAUGAUCGUUUUAAUGGUAUGCCAGAAGAGGAAGUCUCAAAACGGACGUUACCUGAUCAUCUUACUCAAAAUUUAGAUAUAAUUAUUAUUGGAAUAAAUCCAGGGUUAUUUGCAGCAUAUAAAGGGCACCAUUACGCAGGACCCGGCAAUCAUUUUUGGAAGUGUUUAUAUUUAUCCGGUUUAACACCCGAACAAAUGUCAGCUGACGAAGAUUAUAAACUAUUACAAGUGGGUAUUGGUUUCACAAACAUGGUACAAAGGGCGACAAAAGGUAGUGCCGAUUUAACACGAAAGGAAAUCAAAGAGGGUAGUCAAAUACUUUUAGAAAAAUUACAACAUUUUAAACCAAAAAUUGCUGUUUUUAAUGGCAAAUUAAUAUAUGAAGUAUUCUCUGGCAAAAAAGAUUUUUGUUUUGGUCGACAACCGGAUUUAAUUGAUGGUACAAACACGUAUAUGUGGGUGAUGCCAUCGUCUAGCGCACGCUGUGCACAGUUGCCACGCGCCGCAGACAAAGUACCAUUUUAUGCGGCGUUAAAAAAGUUUCGUGAUUAUUUGAAUGGUAUGGUGGCCAUGAUUGACGAAUCGGAAGUGGUGUUUUCUGAGGCACGAAUUAAAAGUAGUUUUUGUGAGAAUGAAAUGUCACAAAACGAACUUAUAGAUAUAAGUAAUGCAAAACGUGAUGAAGAUGGUAGUAUUGUUCCUUGUAAAAAAAAGAGAGGCCGUCCAAAGAAAAUAAAAAUUGAUGGCGAGGAAGCGUUAAAACCGCAGCCAGUGAAACGUAUCUAUAAUCCACAAAUCAAUUUAAAUGUAGAUGGUACAAAAAAGAAACGUGGACGACCCAAAAAAAUACGUGUAGAUGGUAUGACAAUGGUUGGGGACGACCACCAAAUGGGAUCCGAUCCAUCCAAAAUGAUGACACAUCUUCAUGACGUCGAUCAGUGUAAUGACGUAGAUCAAAUGAACAAAUCAAAUGAAUAUAACAUGAGUCAUCUGAAACCUCAACAACACACACCUUCACAAAUGUACAGCAACACACCGACCCCUACCCCCACGCCUACGCCCUCGUUACAACAUCUACCACCAUACAUCCAGUCACCUAGACCUCAAUCACAACCAUUCACACAUUCAGAUCUAUCAUCGGAAAUCAGUGCAGCAAUAUCAUCGGAACACUUAGAAUCACCGGCACCCACCUCACCAAGUUUAGAUGCACCAGACUUCGAUCCACCAACAAACAUGCCCACCGAAGAUACAACGGAAUGUUGUUUUUCUAGUCCAACCCCAUCGACAAACAGUGCCCAUGAACAACAAACAACCCCACCGAUGAUACGGCCCUUACCGUAUUCAGCGUACAAUAAUUACAGCCACAGUCCUGACCCACAAUCACAGCAACAUAAUACAAAUACACAACUGACAAGCGUGACCAACGUGACCAAUGUCAUCAAACCAGAGUACAAAGUACAAGACAUGUCUACAAAAAGUUUAUCAGGUUUAGAAUCACUGGUUGAUCAAAUACCGAACAUAACCGAUGGGGAAACGAAUACCGUAGUACAAUCGAAUCAUCAUCAGACUUUAGAUGAGUCCGUGACAGGCGGGGGCGUUACAGGCAGUAACGGACAAAACAACAGUUCAUACUCAGUUCAUGAACAUCAGUCAUCACCUUCAAAUAAUACAGGGAGUACAAGUAAUAACAAUAGUUCCAGUUCCAGUUUAAAUUUUAGUUAUCCUGGAGCAGGAGCGGCCAGCAAUCAUCAUAGUAAUCAAGGUGGACUGAGUAGUUCACAGUUCAGUUUUACAAGUAACUACAUGAACUCACCAGUCACCAACAACUAUUCAAAUUUAAUGGGAGGCAUGGGAGGUAUGCAUACAUUUAUGGAGCAUCAUAAUUGUGGAAUGCCAGCUGUACCUGUCCCAUUAUCGUACCAUGGAACGCCCCAUCUAUAUGGAACACCUCAACCCUACUCCCACAGUAGUUAUGGUAGUUUAAACCAUGGCACAUCUGUCUUACACAUGCCUAGUCCAAAUUAUCCGAAUGGGUACAGUUAUUCAGGUGCGGCAGCGUAUGCUUCGACUCCACCGACUGGUUCAUACCAUCACAUGUUUGACCAUAGAUUAAAACCAGAUACCGGUGGAAUGGGUUAUGGAUCGUUUUGAUUAUACUGAUAAAAUUAAAAAUUAUAAGUAUUAUACGAACCCACCAUCGAUUAUCGAUUAUCGAUUAUAAUCGUUAUCGAUCAAAGUCAAGUCAGUGUAUAUGCCCUUGUCGUCUUUGUUGAACGUACCUGUACGAAUGUUAUCUGCUGUGACCUCCUUGUUCACUUCUUUACGUGUUUCCUCGACGAUCUCGAAAGAGUUUCAAAUCAAGCAACCAAAACCAAUCAAGUUUCUUCGUUUUUUAAAUGUGCCAAGUUUUAUAUGAUGAACCAGUGAUGAACUUAAGUUUGAAUCGUUAACUUUUAACAUACCAUAAAUAACAUUUUAAAAUGCUGCUGCCAAAAUCUAUCAAUUUUGUGUGUGGAAGGACGAAGGGGAUCUAACAAAAAGGGAGUAGCGAGCGAGGGGUAAUGGUAUUUAUCGCAUUCACAAUUCUUAAUGAAUUUAUUAAAUU